AAGUUCAAACCUGUAAUUUAUUGGCUGGUAAAAGUUACCAAAUCACAGAAAGUUUAGAAAUUUGGCUUGAACCAUCUGCAUUGCGUUUAUGUUUUCGGGAACAAAAACAAGUAGAUUACAAAUUAGAACUACACCCAAGAUUAGUUGAUUAUUAUUUAGUAGAAAUUAAAAAAGAAUAUUGA